AUGCCCGGAUACGAUUUGUCAAGGUUCCCAAAUUUGUCGGCUAAGGAAAAGGCUGAAUACACGUGCAGUAUAUGUCAGGACAUAUUUUGCUGUCCAAUGACUACCCCGUGUUGUCUGCAGACAUUUUGUGAGGACUGUAUCACCGGUUGGUUACAAAACAACACUUCCUGUCCUUAUGAUAGAAAAACGCUCACUAUUGAUAAACUAAGUCGAGCACCAAGGGUUCUCGUUAAUAUGUUAGGAAAUUUAAACAUCAAGUGUGAGUUUUGGGAUAAUGGGUGCCGUGAAGUCUAUAAUUUAGAGGACCUCAUUCAACACAACGCCAUCUGUGAGCACAAUGAGGCAAACCGUCCGAAAACGUGUGACGUAUGUUAUUGUGACAAAACACGUGAUCACGACUGCGUCGAAGCACUACUGGAGGAUAAGUGUAACGCGAACGACGAAAUAAAUUUUUUAAAGCGAACGGUGAAAGAGUUGAAAAUUGAGAAAGAUAAUUUCUUGAAAACAAUACAAGAAAUGUCAAGCGAUCAUGAUGAUAAUAGUCUCAUGGUUGAAUUGAGGCAGUUGCGAAUGACUUUUGACAAACAAAGUAAUGAACACGAUUUGUUACGUUUACGGAUUCAGUACCUUGAGGAAAAUGAACUUCUCCCUGAAGUACUAAAUAUGAUGUUAUCUGAUUACAACUCGGAUAAGGAGCUCGUUGGUAAAUAUUAA